GUAUCAAUGUCGACCUCAGAAUGCCACACUGCUCCGCUGCAUGCGUCUCGGUGCAGAGACCCGUCGAAGCUAUCGGUGCGCUGCGACUGUCCACAGCAGCCGAGCCAAGCUCGAGAAAGUGCCGACGGUGAGGCGCGCGACCGCCGAGAGCUUCAUCGAGGGCACAUUGACGAAGAGACUAUAGACAGCUGUCUCUCCUCGUGGCGUGAUUACGGAACAUGCUUAUUGAGUGAAAGAUGCACCCCUCUUGCUUGGGGAUCGUGUGUUGUCGAUGAACACUCGUCUCGUUUACGCUUGUUCUCGGAUCUGGCCGGAGACAGUCGACACGUCGGUCGACCAAAACUUAGCCGCAAUUUGGAUACCGAAAUCCCGUCCUAGAUCCUCCGAUCUGCGCUGAAUCAGAGAUCAGAGGAUCUAGGACGUCUAUAAAGACAUACAGAGGAAUUGCAAUAGAAGGUCGAUAACACAAUUAUGCAACUGGUUUUGUCACUGCUCCUAGCUACUAUACUGGUCCUUCUGUAUUUCUGGCGUCCUAAAACUCGGAGACAGGGCAUCAAGCUGCAAGGUCCCCAAGGCAAAGGCUUAUUGUCCACGGCACCCUAUGGCCAGCUGCAAUCCGAAUGGUUCGACACAUAUGGACACACUCUGGCCUACAGAAAUGACUCCGACAAGCUUUCGAUAUUGACCUGCGAUCCCGCUGCGGUUGCAUUCAUACAUCGAGAGCACGACAGCAUCCUUCAGCCAGCUUCCAUCAAGUCUUUCGCGCUGAAGAACAUGGGCCCCAGUCUCAUGGGAGUUGAGGGGGCUGCUCACCGCCGUCAGAGGCGUGUCAUUGCCCCAGCGUUUGGCAGCAAAGCGAUCAGGGCCAUGACUCCGACCUUUCUUUCCAUGGCUAUCGAGCUCAAGAACAAGCUGCUCUCGACAGCCGGGCAGGAAAUCGAUGUAACCACAUCCAUUCACCAGCUCACAGUCGACGCCAUAGGAUCCGUGGCUUUUGGAUGCGAGUUCGGGGCGCUGGCUGGGGGAGGCCAUGAGCUUUUGGACGUUUUUUACAGGAUGACUAGCGCAGCUCAGCCAAGCGAGAAAGAUCAAGCAAUCGAAGCGGCUCAUGUGACAAUGCAUCGGAUCGGUUCGACCCUGGUGAAACAGCGCACCGAACAGAUUCUAGCCGAGACCGCCGGAGGACCUCUUGACAAAAAGAGUAUCUCGGCUAACGAUGUCCUCACAAACCUAUUACGCGCGAAUAUGGCAACGGAUGUAGCUGAGGAUCAACGCUUGAGUGACGAGGAGGUGGCGGCUCAGAUCCCGCUCUUUCUCUUCGCUGGCAAUACCACCGUUGCAGUCACACUGGAUUGGGCUUCCGCCUUACUGGCGCGAUACCCUGACUGCUCGGCCCAGCUGUUCGCAGAGACUGAUGAAAUUGGAAGCGACAACCCUAGUUGGUGCGUCGCUUUCUAUUUGCAUCGCUCACGCCAGGGACACCAUCAACGCUUUGCCAUACCUCGACGCGUUUGUCAAGGAGGUGCUGAGACUCUACGCUCCAGCCCCAACUUUGUUCCGGGAAGUUCAAAGAGACAUACAACUUCCGUUGGCGCACCCUGUGGUGGAUCAGAACGGGCAAACUCUCACAUCGGUCCACGUCCCUGCUGGUACCACCAUCCACAUCGGUGAGCCUGUUGCGCAGAGACAAGCUCAAAUGUAGACUUUCAUCGCAUGAACAUCCUAGACGCUGCUUGGGGAAACGAUGCGCAUGACUUCCGGCCCGACAGGCACUUGGCGGAACCCUCCCCUCCAUACACGCGCAUUCCGGGGGUUUGGGGAGGAUCGGCGACCUUCAGUGCGGGAGAUCGGCACUGCAUAGGAUUCCCUUUCGCGAUUGCAG